AUGUCUGCCAACGCCUCGAACACAUCAGAUGUUCCGGAACAUAUGAAGAGUGGAUGGUAUAGCGACGAGGAGGAGUCACGGGAGGGAAAGAAGUCCAGAAAACCAAAGGAAGAGAAGCCAGAUACGCGGUUCGGCAAUAUCAUAAGAAGAUUUAGCGUCAGCUCACGGGACUCGCAGUCCAGCAGUAGUACCAACGGGAAGCCGUAG